AUUUGUCCUCUUGAUUUAUAGCACACUUUGAUAAACCUGUUUGGUGAGUGCAGUUAAAUGGAACACAUCUGACAAAAGAGAGAGUAUAUCGAAGUUGAAGCACAGACGCUUGUUGCUUCCCGCUGUCAAGUUCUCUCAAAGGACAGGAAGUGAUGCUUCGUUGGGUCUUGUUCGCUUUGUGCCUCGGUAUCUGUGCCAGUGCCAGUGCCAGAAAAGAGGCAAUAAAAGUAGCGGAGCCUUCGCCCUUGUCAAGAGGAUGGGGGGAUUCUCUUGAUUGGGUCGAAAGUUAUGAAAAGGGCCUGGAAAUGCUGGAGAACAGUAAGAAGCCUCUGAUGGUCAUCAUUCAUAAAGAAAACUGCACGGACUGUGAAGCUUUGAAGAAGGCAUUUGUUGCGAGUCAUCCCAUCCAGAAAAUGGCCAAAGAGGAUUUCAUCAUGGUCAACCUGUUGACUAUAGAGACUACGGACAAGAAUCUGGCCCCUGAUGGCGACUAUGUUCCCAGAAUUCUCUUUUUUGGUCCAUCUAAGACUCUGCUCAAAAUCGGAGGAAAGUACAGUACUCGCGAAUACACCUACGACCCUAGUGACAUGGUACACUUGUCCGUAAACAUGCAGCUGGCCAAAACCCCGAAGCAUUCUGAACUCUAACACGGUUCAAUCUGACAUCGGACUUCUCUCCAUCCCCCAGUCAUGCUGGGAAACCUACUCAGUGGUCAGAACCGAGCUCUUCAGAGCUCCAUAAAACAAAAAUAAAUGAGUAGAAAGUAAA